AUGCCUCUAUCAACUACUCAUUUUAACACAUCCGAACGAAUAGACCAAAAUACACCUAUGAAAUUCUCUAAUAAAAAUGGCAUAAAAACAACCGAUAUUGCUAAAGUCAAUCGAAAAAAGUAUGAACGCAAGGUUAAAAAAGCAAAGCUAAGUGCUCGUUCAGGUUAUCUAAUUGUUUAUUACACAAAAUUAGAACUUGACAUUUUUGAAUGGUCCAAGCAUGGUUUUGCCAACAACAAUUAUUGGAUUUCGCCAUCUGCCGACAAACUUCCCCGAAUCGAUGUAUCACAAGUUUCUCGAGAAGAAUUCAUAAGGAAAUAUGAGGAUCCUGGUUUACCUGUCGUUAUUACCGGUUGUACGAAAGGCUGGGCCGCAGAAACAAAAUGGAACAAAGAGGAACUUUUGCGAAAUUACGCCCGUCACAAAUUCAAAAUCGGUGAAGAUGACAAAGGAAAUCCUGUACGCAUGACUUUUAAAUAUUAUAUGUACUAUUUAGAAACAGAAGGUUUAAAAGAUGAUAGUCCAUUGUAUAUUUUUGAUUCGUCUUUUGGAAGGCGUGGGAAGCCUAAAAAGGCCAAUUCUGAAGGAAAAAAUUUAAAUCCGAAAUCUAAGGAAUGCCUGUUGAAAGAUUACAAGGUUCCUACUUAUUUCGACGAUGAUCUCUUUCGUUUUACAGGUGAAAACCGCAGACCUCCAUACCGCUGGUUUGUAAUUGGUGGAGAAAGAAGUGGAACUGGAUUAAUUGAUCCAAAGCAGAAGGAUCAUGAAGCUGUAACUUGGUUUAGUUGCGUCCUUCCUAAGCUGCUUGAAGUCCAUGAGGGGAAAAACAAAAGCCUUGCUGAGGAAUACGGAAUGGUUGAAGUGUUACAGGGACCCGGUGAAACAAUGUUCGUACCGGGUGGAUGGCAUCACGUGGUAAUGAAUUUAGGUAAUGUCGAGAAAAGUUCAACCGAUGACGAUGGUGACACUGAAGUAAGUGAAACAGAGAGCGAAGAAGAUGGGGUAGAUGGUGAAUGCCGUUGUUAUAAACGAAAUGAAUUGGAAAAACGAAGAUACGAGAACAAUACUGAUAAAACGCUUAAGAGGGAAGAAAAGGCGAUAAUUGAGGACG